AUGCUGCCUCAGCUGGUCCUCAACAGUAUUUCCAGGAUGCUGCUUUCCUGCCUGUUGUUUGUAUUUCAGGUACAAGGUGAAGACUCCGAGAAGGAAAUGCCCUCUCCACAUACCAGCUGCCCCAUGGGUUACAAGGCUUAUCGCUCCCACUGCUAUGCCUUAAUUGUGACACCCAAAUCCUGGUUUCAAGCAGAUCUGGCCUGCCAGAAGAGACCCUCAGGACACCUCGUGUCUAUUCUUAGUGGAGGUGAGGCUUCCUUUGUGUCCUCCCUGGUGAAUGGCAGAGUGGACAACUACCAAGACAUCUGGAUUGGGCUCCAUGAUCCAACAAUGGGUCAACAACCCAAUGGAGGUGGAUGGGAGUGGAGUAACUCUGAUGUGCUGAAUUACCUUAACUGGGAUGGGGAUCCUUCCUCUACUGUCAACCGUGGUCACUGUGGGAGUCUGACAGCAAGCUCAGGGUUUCUGAAGUGGGGAGACUAUCACUGUGAUGGGACAUUACCAUUUGUCUGCAAGUUCAAGCAGUAGACAAGCAGCAUCCAGCAUUUAUUAUGAAGCUCCCCAUGACAAGGGAUGAAAUACAAGAAUUCACCCGGCAAGGCUGUACUUGCUUUACAGUUGUGCAUCAGACUUAUUCUGGUUUUCUGUCUUCUUUCAUCCAUCUCCUUCCCCUUAUUUCAGGCUUUUCAGUAUAGUUCUUGCUUUGCAAUCAUGCAGAUAAAUAAUAAAUACAAUAGUUUGGUUUU